AUGGCAGAACUUUCUGAGAUCGACGACACGGAACAGACCCUGAAGAACACACUUGUCAGGGGACUCGCUCACUUCUUCGACCCAAACAGAAACGCGUAUACCUUCGACACGGACCUGAUCGCCAAUAUGGUGGGUACAGUCAUAACACCUACAAAGAGCUGGACUUGGGCCGAACUGAUCGAAACCCGCACACAUUGUGCUCACGAUAUCGCUCGAUGUUUAGUCAGCUACAAGUUCCGAGUGGGAACUGAUUACGUUCCGCAGAACUUUCUCUGUGAGAUCUUGUACAAGGAGCUCAGCAUCGAGCUUGAGAGCGCGUACUUCUGCUUUCUCCCGCAGGACAACAUACUGCAUCACAACCCUGAAAUUGAGCUCCGAGGCCCCCAGAACGAACCUGGAAGCAGAUCUUCAAUCAAGCCAUAUCAAGUCGCUGCUCAUAGUAUUCUUGGAUUAGCGGAAUGGGCAUGGACUGAGGAUGGCAGGCUGGCGUUUCCGCGAGAAUUUUGGUCUUGGGGCCCAGCCAGAGAACAUCUCCUUGAGGUCCAUGGGGGUCUCCAGAUCGAGCCCGACGCGGAUCCAUUGUGGCGUCAUGUCAUCAACAUUCUCAAAUCAGUCACCGAGGAAGAGCGAAUGAGACUGGCGCCAUCAGAUAUCGAGUCGAUCAAUGAUGACAAUAACCAGAACCGUCGCCAUGCUGGAGCGCUACCGCCGAACAUCUCAGUCUCCUCAGCACAAACGAAUGUACCUACAGAAUUGAGUCAACGACAGCAGCAAGGUCAUAUUCGUGCCCAAGACUACGGAAACACAAGCACCCAGCAAGCCAGUGUUCUUCGAGCGAACCGUCCAGCACGCGAGAUACGCAGCGAAUACAUUCCUGAAUCCAGAAGACCUUCAACUUCCUUCGGGUCUACGCCACUUGCUUCUCGCAACCAGAACCGGUCCGCGAAUUUAAGCAGUACUGGGUUUGAUCAACCUCCAUACCAGCCAGUGCACCAGACGCAGCGCUGGGGACCUGGAACUGGAACGUCUGCCGCCCACAUGUCUCCGGCAUAUCCUAUACAACCAAAUCUCUCAACGUUUUCUGGAAGGGAUCUGUUUAACAGCCCUCUCGUUCCCCUCUUCGAUUUUCCCCGACAAGCUGUCCAGAAUGCCCGCGCUGCCCAAGGCGGCCAGUCCCCGAGAUAUUCUGGGUCGACUUCGCUUCCAGAACAACGCGAGGAAGUACUAGACAGCUCACUUCCUCCGGUUACAAUUCAUGUCGGUCAGAGACGGCGUACCGGAGAGAAGGACAAGGAAAGAUCAUCUCCAGAAGACGAGCCUUCGAACAAGCGACAAGCCUGA